AUGGGGCUGGUGCAGCUCCCGUUGCGGGGGAACCCGCGCGCGGCGCUGGGCCUGCUCGCCCACCCGGGCGACCUCGUCGACGCGGCCCUCUCGCACGACGGCGCCGUCGUCUUCACCGCCGGCGGGGCGGAUCGGUCCGUCCUGCAGUGGCGGCUCGACCCCGCGCGGGUUUUACCGCCAGGGGAGCAGGAAAAGUGCGAUCGCGCGGCCCGCGCGCCGCUCGGGAGCGGCGUCCCGGCCGACCACCUCAUCGCCGCCCUCGAAGGCGGCCCAGGGGGGAAACUGAUGAAAGAAAUCGUCGACUACUUCUUCUACGCCCAAAUUCGCGACCAGGGCGAGGAGACGACCGCCAAGCACGAGCUCCUCGGCGCGGUGCCUUUCGCCCAGGUCGCGAAUUUGAUGCGCGCGCUCGGGUACUACCCGACGGAGAUGGAGAUCGGGCAUUUGACCUACGAGGUCGCGAACUUGUACGGCCCGCGCGACCAAACCCUCGGGGACGUCAACGUCGACCGCAUUUUGCUCGACUUCGAGCAGUUUCUCCGGCUUUACGUGAACUACCGCCCGGUCUUCGGGAUCUCGCGGCGGGAUAUCGAGCAGGCCUUUCUCGCCCUCGGCGCCGAGCGCGGGGCGCUGCAGAUCGCCACCCGGACCCUUUUUGACCGCCUCGGGACCAAAGGCGAGGCCUUGAACGAGGCGGAGAUCGCGGGGGCCCUCAAUUCCCUCCUCGGCGAGGGCGUCCAGCUCGACAUGCUCGAGGACUUCAUGACGGCCCGCCUCUUCGCGCAGAAUAUGCUGGGCUUCGAGGACUACGAUACCAACAGCGAGGGCGGGCCCAAGGCCGCGAUGUAG